UUGAAAUUUGAAAGACCUCUUCCCCUUCCCCCUUCAUCUCCUCUCAAAACAAACCUAAAAAUUAGAUCUUUCAAUAUACGAAACAGGAUUUGAAGUACUUGCUUGUUGAUGAGAAGGGGUCAUUAGUGAUCAAUGACAAGGGAAAAGAUCAAGAUUAAAAAAAUAGACAACGCAACGGCGAGGCAAGUGACGUUUUCCAAGCGCCGGAGAGGGUUGUUAAAAAAGGCACAGGAGCUUGCCAUUUUGUGUGAUGCUGACGUUGGUCUCAUCGUCUUCUCGGCUUCCGGGAAGCUCUUUGAAUACGCCAGCUUAAGCAUGUGCGAGAUCCUUCGUAAGCAUAGUAUGCAAUUGGACAACACUUUGAAACAAGGCAACCAAACUGUUGACUCACUUACGGGCAACAGUCGCUAUGCAGGUUUGAAGAAAGAAUAUGAUGAUAAAAAUCGUCAAUUAAGACAAAUGAGAGGAGAAGACCUCCAAGAAUUAACUUUAGAGGAGCUAAUGCAUCUUGAGAGAACAAUUGAUAUUGGAUUAACUUGCGUAUUGGAAAGAAAGGGUCUACAAAUAAUGGAACAGUUAAGUAGUCUUCAACAAAAGGAAAUGCAACUCCUUGAGGAAAAUAAGAGGCUGAAAGAAAAGGUGGAGGAGAUGCGGAUGGUUGAGAAGCAACCUUUGAUUAAUCAGGACCAAGUGAAUGGUUUCCAUGAAGAUGGCCAAUGUUCCUCUGUAUUAGUUCCUCAAGAUUGUGAUCACACCUCUGAUACAUUACUUAAACUCGGCUUACCAUGAUUCAAAUGGAAGUGAAGAGAAAAGGAGGCAUGGCUAUGAAAUGAGCGUGAUGCAUUUCCUUUAGAAAUAUUUAAUAUGUAUGAAAUUAAUUAAUUGCUCUACUGCUACUAUAUUUAGAUCAAAUAACAAGUAUGUUGCUUAAAUUUAAGACAAAUUGGGAAUCACUGUUUGUUGCCCAAGAAACACUUCUGUCGGAGAAUCUAUGGCUAAUUUAGGUGGCCAUUAUGUCUACUAUAAUAUUGGAAGGCUCUUGCUUUUGUUUA